AUGGAAAAUGAAGAACGUACUGGCGCUCAAGUGCUGAUUCUCGUUCCAAAUGAGACUCUUGGCGUCAUUCGCGCAAAGUUGGCUCCAGCUUUCGAUGGAACUUUGACGGGGAAAGCGUUGGUUCAACGAAUACGGGAGCUGGAACGCGAGACCCGUGCACUCGGCCAGCGUACCGACGAGAACCAGCGAACCCUGAAUGGCCUUCAACAACAGAUGGAGAAUCACGAGCUGCAACUACGCCGAACCUGCGGACGUGUCUUCGAGAUGGUCAAGGAAAUCGAAAACAUGCAGCGCCAUCAAGCCUUGCCUCGUUCGGAAGCGGUCCAGGUUAGCCGGGUUGUGCAAGCUCGUGUACAGAAUGAAGCCCCAAAAGUCGUUCGAGAAGACCAACAUCAAACUCGUCCGGGUGCCUCGGUGGAGCCGUUCAACGUGCAAGUCCCCUCCAAGCAACUGCCCGCUGAGGAAGUCAAGAAGCACAUCAGCGAUCGAAACGUUGAUGCUGAUCAGCAGUACAAUUCCCAUCUUGUCGUAUGCGCGCGCUCGGAUGACAGUUGCUCGACUUCAUCCUCUUCGACGAUUCCAUCUCCACCGGUGCCCUCGCGUGAACCUGCUCCGAGCCCUAGCCCUCCCAAAGAUCCUCAUCCGUCGAAUGCUGCGCCUCCUAUUCCGCCUCCACCAUCCGUGCAUGACGUAGCCCUGCCAAUGACUUCGGCCAAGGCUUCCUUAACGGUCCAAAUGGGCUCUGUGCAUAUGCCAAACGGAGUAGCUCCUGGCGUCGUUGAGGCAUUGCUGCAGCAAUCAUGCUCGUCAACUUCUUUCACAACGCCUUCGGGUGAUCCAAUGGAGGAGGCCCGUCGACUACGCCAAAGCAAAGUGGAUAUGGUCUCUUUGCGACCGCACUCGCAGCAAGCUGCUAAGAGAAGGUGCCUGGCUGCCUCAGAAUCCACUUUGUCCGAAUCUGAGGGUGUGCCCGGGGUUAAUCGCUACGAGGAAUCCGCUAUCUCUGUCACGCAGACCGAGAUAGCGCCUGUCGAUCUGGCUUCGUGUCCGCCGAUCGAAGAGGAAGACACUGUGUGUGAAGUCUCCAACGAAACUGAAGAUGAGCCGAAAAGUGAUGCGGAGGAAGCGGACGACGAAGAUGAAGAGAAAACGCCCAAGCUGAAGGUCGUUCGUCUUCCGGCAAAGGCUGGACGCAGCAUUCUGCGACGGCGCGACAUGGUCAAGGCGAAGCGACCCGUCACGUUCGAUCCUUUCGUCUACGAAGUGGGGGGCGGGUUACGUCUACUCGCGGAGGAUGGGGAAGAGAAGAAUUGGUGGUGG